UUCCCAACCUCCAAUCAGUUAAUUACAAUCCACCCUCCUUAAAUUCAUGCACAUUGUCAUGUAAACCAAAAGAGUAUGGAUUUUGUUUUUACGUUCUUUGCUCAUUUGUAUCGAAUAAAUCGUUUUUUUAAUGUCUUUUAAAUUGCAGCAAUCUCAAAAACCACAUGAGUCAAUCCCACUUCAUCCCUCCUCCAAUCAUAACCAUCUUCAUUCACCGCUUUUUGUAGCAUCGUAACAAAUCCAUUCAAGAUCCUCAUCAUUCAUAAGAUUUAUCAAGAUUCUGUGUCUAAUGGAAGAACCUGGAGAUCUUUUAGAAGAUAGUUGGUUCUUUGGAAACUUACUUCACACAAAAACAAGAACCAUUUCUCGAUGUUAUUCUGAUCUUACUUCCAGUUCUUGCCCUCCUCUUCCUCCUCUAUGUUCCAAUCAAGAAUCCAUUGUUAAGAAUGAGAGAAAGAACUCUAGCGUUUCCUCAAGAAAGCAGCCACCCAUUGCUCCUCGAAAUCUAAACAGAACACCAUCUUUGCCAAAUUCAGUGGAAACACGAUCCUUUAUAAUGAAAAAUACCGACACAAGUCCGCAUUUGAGUAGAACAUCAUCCAUGACAACUUCUGAAGAUGAAACUGAUCAAGAAGAGGAUGAAGAAGAUCAAGAAAGUGAGUUUAGUUUGGGGAGAUUGAUAAGACAAGCAUCGAUGAACUCUUCACAUACAUCAAACCCAUCUCGAAAAACAUCUAAGGCGAUGAUGGAAAACAUGGGAAAGAAACCCGAAUUAGGUCAAGAAAAGAUUCGUGAUGUGAGGAAAACUGAGAGAAACAGAAGCAAAAACAUAAAGAUUAGUGGAAAGAACAAAAAUGGUGCUCCUGCAAUUCCAGGAGGAUGGGUUGAUAAGAGUUCAUCAGAAGACAUGAAAGCACAUAUCAAGUAUUGGGCUAGAGCUGUGGCUUCUAACGUGCGCCAGGAGUGUUCAUGAUAGCUAGUUCGUUGGAAUUGGAAUAAGUUUCGAGUUAAUAAUACAACUUGAUCAUGACGGAAAUAACAUGUCCAAAGCUCUCUUUAGAUUCAUUUUUUGUCUAAUUCUUCCAAAUUGGCUGUAAAUUUUGUCCCUUUCCAGAUCUAUAAAUGUUUGAGUGAACUGAAUAAUUGGUCUCUCGAAUUUGGUAGUACUUUGGUUACAC